AUGCGAAGCAAUUCGUACUUAAUACACGUACAAAUAUAUCUCAGGCAUUUAGCUUCUAUACUUCUUGCGAGAUCCUUCGACGACUUUAUCGUCUCAGCUAUUCCGUAUACCAGUUCGCAUAUUCUUCAUUCGAUCGAUACCUAUCGCUUGCACUACCCUGUUGGUGAUUCCAGGCAUGACAAUACUACAGUAGCACAGAAGUAAUACCGGGGCUGUUUGACUCAGCCAACAUUCGGAAAUACGAUUCGAAGCGGCCAGUAGGAUCAGUUGAGCACAUCGAGCAGCUGACAUAUGCGCCGCGGUCGCUUCAACUGCAACUUCGCCAUUCGUGUGCCAAUAUGGUCGCCUCGCCUAUAUGUGCCAUUUUGCUAGCUGUGUCAGGACCCUCCAUUUUUUCAUGGUUAAAUUGAAGGUCCUGACACGAUUAGGCGAUCCUGCCGCGCGCGCGGCGACCCAGUUCCGACGAGAUGACCUCAAUGACACUUCCUCACCCAUCCUCCCCUUUUUGCGUCUUAAGCUACAAUAAGCAAUAUACCUUUGAGAGAUCGUCAGAAAACGCAUUCAUCACAUUUUCUGGAGCAAAUGUCAGUGCUGGACAUACAAUAGACACAUUUAUACCUCUAGAGGUAUAUUCCAAAGCGAGUACUCGGAAAUAGCCCUGAAAAUGAGGAAUAGUCAGAAAAUGGGAGCUCCACAAAUAAUUUAAAGAGAAAUUUGCAGAAGAAAAGGAAAAAGAGGAAAGCUUUGAUUGGCCAGGGAGCUCGUAACAUCGAGAAGAACGAAAGAUGGAUUGGGAAUUUUGGGAGCAUUAUGUUUAUAAUUAGCUCAAGCGAGAGAAGUCGAAAAAAAGGAAAAAACUAAAAUUAAUCCAAGAAAUAACAAUUUAAUAAUAACAGAACUGAUGUAAACAAAUGGAUGUCGAAAUUAAAGCAUUGAUUUCAUCUCAUCCCUACUUUAGACCAUCACGAUACUUACAGUUAGGUUCAGCAUUAGAGCAUGUUUAGCAGCCGUAUACGAGGGCGACAAUAUCGUGCCGAUAAUUCCGGCCACACUGCUCACGACAACGAAAUGAGUAGGAGGCAAGUGUCCUUUCUCAUCUGGUUCCAAUGUCUUGAGAUAUUCUCUUGCCAGAACUGUUGGUCCAAGAGCAUUCACCCGGAAGCAAGCCUCGUCCACCUUUGGAUCUAUCGAUAUCCAUUCGGCACGUUGCGAUUGACCACAACACAGUAUGAUCACGUCGACCUUUCCAAAAAACGACUUGACUUUUCGACAAGACUCUGCUACUUGCCCAAAAUUGGUCACAUCCAACGGAAACACAACAGAUGA